CACAUCUCUCAUCCGGCGAUACCCUUGGCACAUUGCUUGCCUGCUCUUGAAUUCUCCGUUCAAUGAGAUACACAAAGAGAGGCAUAUCGACUUCAGGCACACGGAGAGAAAAUUAAACCUUCGCCUCAUGAUUUUACUUUACCAACGUUCUUUUCAAUUGCCUCAUUGAUAUUGCGACUUCCGCCGCGAUACGCCGAUCGCGAUGGACUCUCGGAGAGAUGAGGAGGCUACCAUCAAGGUCGCCUCGGCUAAGAACUCAGUUCCUCCCUCCAAGCCGCAGUCGUGGGGGAAAAUCAAGCUCAAGAAGGCCUUGCCAAAGCAGGCCAAACCGGGCAGUUGGAAGGAAGCCAACAUCCUUGAUGAAGAUAGGAAGAAAUCCAAAGAUGGUGCCAUCACCGCCGCCUCCCCGAGCCCCGUCAUCAACCAACUGGACGACUUGAGCCGCGACACAUUCAGCAGCGGCCGCCCCGUCGAAGAUAUUCCGGAACUUUACCAAUGCAAACUCUGCAAGAAAGGCAUUACACGGACCGCGGCCAAGGACCACAUUGCGAACUGCCUGAAAAUAAAAAAGGAAAAGGCCCAGCGUAAGAAGGAGGCCCGCGAAGCGCGCGAGCGGUUGAAGGAGGCUGCGCGGGAGGAGGAGUUGCGCAAGCUGGAGGAGGAAAACGGAGGGCGGGCUGGCGGCGACGACGACAGCGACGAUGACGACGAGGACAAAGCCGGCAAGGCGACCAAGAAACUGGCGGGCAAGAAUACCAGUGUCGCCGGCAAGAAGAGGAAGGCCGAGGGCGAGCUCGACAAGGGGAAAGCCAAGAAGAAGAAGGAAGAGCCCAAGCCCAAGGUGGCCAAACCCAAGGGUCCCGUCGACGUUGAGCGGCAAUGCGGCGUCCUGCUACCAAACGGACAACCGUGCGCCCGCUCACUAACCUGCAAGAGCCACAGCAUGAGCGCCAAGCGCAGCGUGCCCGGCCGCUCGCUGCCCUACGACAUGCUGCUGAUGGCGUACCAGAAGAAGAACCAGGCCAAGCAGCAAAAGGCCGCCAUCGACGCCAACGCGCCGCUCGAGGACGAGGACGACGCCAACGCGGGCGCCGUCGACAGCGACGAGGAGACGGCCGCCGUCAUGACCGCCCUGGCGAGCUGGAACCCGCGGCCCGUAGUACCCCAGCCCGUGUUUGCCCCCGUCAAGCGCCAGUACCAGCUUGCGCGCCUCCACGAGCAGCUCCAGGCCGCCACCAACGGCGGGCGGGUCAAUAUUUUCAAAGUUGUCGGGUUCGGCGCCCAACGGCUGCCGGACGGGCAUCCGGCCCUGUACGAUUUUGAUGACGCGCCGGGCGAGCCCGACACGGCUGUUAUCGGUGGCGGCGGUGACUUCUCGCGGCGGUCGUCUAGCUUCAGCCUCGCGGGCCCACCGCAGCGCCGGCCGUCUGUGACGGGGCGAGCUUAGUCUGCUUAGCAUGGGGGAAGUCUCUUUUUGCACAACUAAACUGGCGAAGCACUGGGAACUGGGAGAGCUUUUCUGGGCGUUUUGUGAUUAGGUACAGGGAUAGCGGACGGACGGAGCAGCGGUUGGGAACAUCAGGAACGGAACAGCGGCAUUCAUCUUUUCGGGGGCCUUUGGGAGUGACUAGGACGGGUACAGCGGGCAUCUGACAUGGGUUGGGUCUUUGGGUAUUGCUUUUGUUUUUCUGGUUUCUAUCUUUCGUUCAUCCCCUGGCUUCUUAGCUUUGAUGAUCGAGAUGCGGUGGUGUAUUUGGAUUGUCGACUGUUAUAUACCCCUAGCCAAUACAUACGAGAACUGGUUCUACAACAGGCUGAUUGCCGAGCUGAAUGGAAGUACAGUCUCAUUGCUAGAAUAGAUAAGCUCAGGAUUAAUGGCAUGGCCAGUGAUUUAAAGGCG